AUGGCGUCUGAAAUUACCCCGAACACCUUUCUCACCACCACAGGUUCUUCAUCAGACCAGAAGACAACAAUCUUCUUCAUCUCCGGCAACCCGGGUCUGAUCGGCUACUACCACCCGUUCCUCUCUCUACUUGCAAAGCAUCUAGAUGAGCCAAAGGAUGAACUUCCAACCAGCCCGCCAUCAUUUCAAAUCUACGGCUGUUCUCUCGGUGGCUUUGAAAUUGACGAACCUCAGUCCUCACCCUCACCGAACAAUGCUAUCGAUCUCGACCUGGAAGGUCAGACAUGCUUUGUUCAGGGGAAGCUCGCUACCCUGAUGGGAGAUGAAGCCAACGGUAAAGGAACCAGAAAAAAAGUCAUCCUAAUCGGACACUCUGUUGGCGCAUACAUCGCCAUGGAAAUCCUAAGACGACACCGUGAAGCAAGCCCCGAAAGCGCCUUCGAUAUCGUGGGCGGAGCGAUGCUCUUCCCGACUGUCAGGGAUAUCGCAGCGUCGCCUUCAGGACAGAAAUUGACGACUCUACUUUCGAUCAUUCCCCGUCUUGCUGUCGUGGUUAGUUUCUUCGCCCGACUACUUACAUUCCUGCUCCCGACAUCACUUCUUCGAUCUGUUGUCCGGCUUGUCAUGGGUGAUCCCCCCGUUCAUGCUUUGGAUGCUACGUGUGCUUUUUUGAGGAGUCGGGGUGGGGUACGGCAAGCUUUACAUAUGGCUGCCGAUGAAAUGCGGACUAUCACUUCGGACAAAUGGAGUGAUGAUGUUUGGGGCGCUGCGUCGGCGCGCGAGCCUAUCGCCAAGCUGUUUUUCUACUUUGGUCGUAACGAUCACUGGGUAGCUGAUCAGACGAGGAAUGAGAUUGUUGCGGUGCGCGGGCAGAAGGAAGGACAGCCUGGACCGACUAUGGUUGUUUGUGAAGAGGGUUUGCCGCAUGCCUUUUGUUUAAAACACAGUGAUGUGAUGGCGCGAAAGGUUGCGGGUAUGAUUGGGCAGAUUGUGGCCUGA